CAAAAAGAUUUAAUUUUUUUUUUUUUUUUUUUUUUUUUUUUUUUAAAUAUUUACGAUUUUAUUGAUAAUCCGGAAACCGGCAUUACAGCGUCAAUUACAAGCUCGAAUCAACCAAAAUUUUCUAAAUCAAACCUCACAAGACUAGCUUCGCUCGCUCACUAAACCGACGCCAUCCACUAGAAUGUUCGGGAAUCCUUAGAUUUAAUUUUUUACAUAUAUAAAGACUUUAUUUACAAGAUUUGAGAGAGAAUAUUCCAAAAAUACGAUACGAUAAGUCUUCAACUACUUUUUUUUUUUUUUUUUUGUUCUCUGUUCAUUUUAAUCUGUUAAGCUGUUAUGAAAAUUUCUUGAUUUAGUAAACUGCAAAACACCAUUUAAAGCUUCAAAAAAAAUUCAACAAACAAAACAGUUCCAAGUCUGUUUCGUCUCCUGUCUUCUUAAUCUCUUUCUCAUUUCAUUAUCUCUCUCUCAGAAUGUACAUCAUGUUUUCUUGACACACAAGUUUCAGAUAUUAUUAAGGUUUGGGAAAAAAAAAUAGGAUGGCUGGAAGAAGAGUAAAAGGAAAAGACAGCAACGCGAUUACCGCCGUAGCCAUUGACAAAGAUAAAAACAGCCAACACGCCUUGAAGUGGGCCCUUGAUCAUAUCGUUGGCGAUUCACCAAACUGUAUCCUCCUCCAUGUUCAAACCAAAUUGAGAAUUGGUGAAGGAGAGAACACAGAGGCACCACAUGACAACCAAGAAGAGGCUCAUAAGUUCUUCCUUCCCUUUAGAGGAUUCUGUGCUAAAAAAGGGGUCAGAGAUUCAAUCUCUCUUCUCUUUGCCAUAACAACAAUCACAUUUUCAUUUAUAUAUAUAUAAGUCUUGAGUUCAUAUUAUAUGUUUUUUUUUUUUAAUCAGAUUAGAGCAACGGAGCUGCUUCUUCACGAUAUUGACAUCGCAAAUGCAAUUGUUGACUACAUCAACAAAAACUCCAUUUCAAACAUAGUCAUUGGAGCCUCUGCACGAAACACCUUCCUCAAGAAGUUUAAGAGCGUAGAUGUGCCAACGACUCUACUUAAAACAACUCCAGAUACAUGUUCUGUCUACAUCGUGUCUAAAGACAAACUCUUAACAAGCAGACAAGCGAGUAGGCCUCAGACGCCUCAACACAAUCCCCAGCCUUCAAAACAACAAUCAUUACUCUCUAUCUUGUCUGAUCCUGGCCCUACAAGCUUCACUUCCACUGAAUCUGGAAGGUCAUCUUCUGCAUUACCACCUACACGUCAUUACAAGCCUUGUCUUAAUAUGAGUUCUCCAGGAGAGUUAAGCAAUGAGUUGUCUUCCAACCGUCACAGUGUUGAAUCGAAUUCGAGUUUCUACAGCAUCCUAGGACGAUCCACCUAUGGAGGAAGCUCCCACUCUUCUACAUCCCUGUAUGAUAUAACCGAUGGAGACGAAGAAGGCCUAUCUGGGGGUAACAUCACUGAACAAGAGAAUCAAAAUCUUGAACUAGAGGUGAGAAGAUUGAGACUCGAACUGCAACAUUUUAAUGCAACCAUGGGGAGAGACACUGCCCCUCAUCAUCAAGCUGCCCACGAAUCCGAAAAGCUGGAGGAAACAAAGGUAGCAAGAGAGAUGCUUAGGGAAUUAUCUGAGAUGGAUAAGCAGAAAACACAGAGUGCCAUCCACGCAAACGAAGCGGCACAUCGUCUUGCUGAAAUAGAGAAGCAGAAGAGAAGACUCGUGGAGAUGCAAGCCAAGUUCAACGAACAGAACAUGUCCAACACCGUAUCCUACAGACGGUACAGCAUCAAAGACGUCGAAGACGCGACCGACGGCUUCUCAGACGCUCUAAAGAUCGGGGAAGGAGGGUACGGACCCGUGUUCAAAGCCGUUCUUGAAAACACUUCCGUGGCCAUCAAAAUCUUGAAGUCAGACGUCUCACAAGGCCUUAAGCAGUUCCAACAAGAGGUUGAGGUUUUAAGCUGCAUGAGACACCCUAACAUGGUGAUCCUCCUCGGUGCUUGUCCCGAGUAUGGUUGCCUUGUGUAUGAGUAUAUGGAGAACGGAACGUUAGAAGACCGGCUAUUCUGUAAAGACAAUACUCCACCGUUGUCUUGGAGAGCACGGUUCAGGAUCGCUGCUGAGAUUGCCACGGGACUUUUAUUCCUUCACCAGGCUAAACCUGAGCCGCUGGUGCAUCGAGAUUUGAAGCCGGCAAACAUUCUUCUAGACGGGCAUAUGAUUAGCAAGAUCAGUGACGUUGGUUUGGCUCGGUUGGUGCCUCCUGCUGUUGCUGAUAGCUUCACCCAUUACCACAUGACUGCUGCAGCCGGUACGUUCUGUUACAUUGACCCUGAGUACCAGCAAACGGGAAUGCUUGGAGUGAAGUCAGACUUGUACUCAUUCGGUGUGGUGCUUCUGCAAAUCCUCACAGCGAUGCCAGCAAUGGGAUUAAGCCAUAGAGUAGAGCAAGGGAUCGAGAAAAAUAGACUCAGAGAAGUUCUGGAUCCCAGAAUAUCAGACUGGCCUGAAGAAGAGACGCUGGUGCUAGCUCAACUGGCUUUGCAGUGCUGCGAGUUGCGGAAAAAGGACAGACCUGAUCUUGCUACCGUUCUGUUGCCUGCACUGAGCAAGCUAAGAGAGUUUGCAACGGGGGAUCAUGAAGUACAUAGCUCUGGUAGGACAUCUUCUGUGUCACGUGCUCACAAUUCAGUUCCUCGUUCCCCAAUAUCUUCUUCCUCUCAGACAGAGGAUGCAUACUGACACCAACAAUUGGAACUUCGACUUUAGAUCAAAGUGAAGCGACGUUGGCUAUCUCUGAUUGUGCUCCACCAAAAAGUUCAUUGUUGAUCUCUCAUAGUGUCGAAGUUCCUAUUUAUUGUAUAUGAAACACUUUAUUCUUUGGUCUCAUGAAAAAAAAAAUCACUUUCAUUACAGAAGAGCUGUCUAGUCCUUGCAAAA